AUAAUAGAAAAAAGCCUCAAUAUCCCCAUAUGCUCACUCAAAUUUCAUCUUAGAAAAGUACUUACCCUAAAUAAACUCAAAAGGUCAAUUUACCAAUUUUUUUUUUUUAUAGUUCCCAUGCACCUAACGUAAGAAAUCCUUCACCUUCACUUCUCUAAAUCUCUCUUUCCCAAUUCAUCAAUCUCACACUCACACAAAUCAGAAUUCACACCCACACAAACACAAACACAAACACACAAUCUCUGAAUUGAAACCCACUAUGUUGAUCAAAGGGAAUCAAAUUAAGGCACCAAUAUUGGUCCUCAAUUUCUUCCUUGUCCUAAUUUGUUCCACAUCUUCUUCAGUCAACGGCGUUGAAUCAAGGAAACUUGAUGAGACUCCAGUGCCUGCCACAAACGGCACUGAAGAAAAGUGUGGAUCAUGUGGUGGUACCACUUAUCCAUCGCCACCGCCACCGGUACUACCACCACCAUCACCACCACCGCCAUCGCCAAAGAAACAACCACCCUCUCAGUAUUGUCCGCCACCACCACCAUCGUCGUUCAUAUACAUCACCGGGCCUCCGGGGAACUUGUAUCCCGUCGACGAGAAUUUCAGCGGAGCCAUCAGCCACCGCCACCGCCGGAGCUUUGCCACCAUGUUGUUGCCACUUUUGGUUGGCUUGUUUAGCACGCUUGCGUUUUGGUGAUUCGCUUGUGAAGAAGGUAAUAGUAACGAUGUAUCAUUCAGAUCAUUCUAAACACAAAUACACAAUGGAAGAAUUUUAUGGUUUAUGAUGUUAUUGUUAUUGUUAUAGUUAUGAAUAUCAAGAUUUUACGUAUGGUACGGCACAGAGAAUUUUGUACCGGUAAUUAGUGUUUGACACCAUGCUCUGUUCUUCUUUUUUAUGCGAUCACAAUCUCUCUUGUAAUUCUCUGUCAAAUUUAUAAAGAACGCCUUUUUUGAAAA